AUGGCUGCUGUGACUCUACAAGUCCCCAGUCUGCCGAAGGAGCAAGCAUCAUGUGCAGAGGAGGACGAGUUGGACCUCCGAUGGCUUGAGGACAGGCUGUCUUGGGCUGCACGGCUUGGUGAGACGGCCCAGGCAUUGCGCGAUUCUCGCGAGCGCAGCGAGCGCAGCGAGAGCGAGCAAGGCGAACGCUGGCUUGAAGAGUUCGCUGAGCUCCGAUGUGAAUUCAGGCGGCGAUCCAGGAGGUUGGAGAAGCUGGAAAACAAAAUGCAUGCAGUGACAUCCAGUUGUAUCGAGGCCCAGCACCACUUGGCUAGCCUGACCCGGGAGCGUGACUUGUUGAUGGAUUGCGUUCAGGAGCUGCUGUUGCUGACCGCCUCGGACAUGCAGGAUCCCGCCCAGCGGCAAUGUGCCCCUUCGAAGGCGAGGGAAGCAUGGCAAAGCAAAGACGGCGACAUAUCCGAGCCGGUGGCCAAAGAUGUUGCCGCCGGAGGAGCUCGGGCAACACCCCGCUCUGUGAGGAACAGUGUGUCUCCACGUGACCUUCUGAAGGCUCCGGAAGGUGCUCGCAGAGUGCGCUUUGAUGACAAACUCCAGGAGUCGCCAAGAUUUCCGCGACAGCCUCCUGACAGGCACAGCGCUUCAUUGCGUAAUCCUAUCCUGAAGCAUCGUCCGACCUCGGCUGCCGGACUUCCACGCCAUGACACUGACGUGCAGGCGGGCGGUGCCUCUGCUGUUGACGCAAGGACUUCCGAUGUUGAGCCGGAUGCAGCAUGUGCAGACGAAGAAGCUCAGGCCGUCGUGCAACAAGGAGGCUCUGAUGAAUCUGAGCUUCGACGGGGUGCCGAGGUUCAGGAGCCGCUGGUGAUGGCACCACAUGUCUGCGCCGGUCAAGUGCAGCGUGUGGUCCUGCAGUCGCCGCCGUGGCAGCCUGGGCAACCUGGGCCCCAGCGUAUGUUGGCAGCCCAAGCACGGGCUGCUGGAGGUGCUGUUUGCAACCAUCCAGGCUGCCCUGGGCAAGUCCGCUGGGGUGAAGGAGCACCCUUCGCUCGUGUGCCUGUUGGGCCAGUGCCGCACAGGAUUGGGAUUCGACUUGAGAGGCGAAGCCCGCCGUUGUCGCCGACCUCGCAAGUGUGGUUUGGAGAACACGCUUCCGACCUUGCAGUGCCUUGUCAUGACCUUCAUGGUCAUGUGAGCCAGUGUCCGCACUACAAGGCACAAUGCCAAGCCCGAGGUGUGUUGAUUCGGAGGCGCUGCAUGAGGAUCCGGAAUGGGCAGCUCCAAUUGCCAGAGAUCUUCCGAAGAACGUGGGCCUUUGGGUCUCCACGAACACCUUCGCCACCCGUUCCGAUUCCUUCCAUGUGUGAGACUGGGAGCCGGCGCUGGAAGCGUUGUUUGCCGCUGGUGGCCCUAGGAGGAGUGCAGACAAAGCGGGGCCGAAGGCAGCAGAGCGCAGAGAUCAGGCAUCCUGCGAAUCUUGAGGAUGAGGAGGCCUUGAGGCAGCUGUUCCAGUCUGCGGCGGCUGGAAGCAAUGGCCUGCGCAAAAAGGAGUUUGCGGUCCUAUGCCAGUCUCUCCUGCACAUCGACCUCGAGUAUCGCGAGUUGGAGCGCAUCUUCGAGCUGGUGGUGACCUCUGAAGGGCGGCAAGUCAUGACGGAAGAUCACUUCGUGAAGACAGUUCAGCGGCGUUUCUUCUUGCGGGGCAUUCGACGGGUGGUGCAGCUUCCGGACGCGCAGCACCCGUCACUACCCAGAAAUUUCAGCCUGGACAUGGACACGGCAGCGAACCACCGAUCCGACUCGGAUCCAUUCGUUGGUCCUUACGCGAAGAUACGAGAGACCAGGGAUCACGUGUACCACGGGCGCUACACGGUUGAGCGCCAGAAUUGGCAAGACAGUGUCAUAGACACAGUUGUGCAAAGGACCGUGGAACAGGCACGCCCCAGGAUGGUUUUCACCUGUGGUGCAAUGGGUGUCGGUAAAGGCUAUGCGUUGGCCUGGAUGUCCCAGAAAGGUAUAUUCCCUUUGGAAGACAUCGUACACAUUGAUCCGGAUCACUUCAAGCAGGUGAUGCCUGAGUGGUCGGCAUUUCUUGAGUAUGGACGCGAGCGAGGGGAUCCUGACAUACCCGGCAAUCGCUGUCAUCGCGAGAGCUGCUACAUGCAAGAGCUUGCAUUGGAGGAGUCCAUGCGGCGAUCGCAGCACAUUUGGGUUGAUGGGUCUUUGCGCAAUGCGGAGUGGUUUGUCAAAGUCUUCAGCGACAUUCGCUUGCGCUACCCAGCAUAUCAGAUUGCGAUUUUCAAAGUCACGGCGCCGGAAGAGGUCAUCCGGAAGAGGGUCGCUGAACGCGCCAAGCAGACCGGCCGAAGCAUUCCUGAGAGUAUGCUGGUGGCAAGCAUUGGAGCUGUUGAAAGGUCAGUGCUGAUGUUGACUCCGCAUGCAGACUUCUUGGCCAGCAUUGACAACUCGGAAUCCACGCCGAAGCUGCAGUACUUCGCAGCAGUUGACCGCUCCGGCGACUGGCAACGCAUCGCGACGAGGUUUGCGCAUAUUCUGCCCGCAACAGAUGCAUUUCCGAAGAAGCUCUCACCAUUUUUCGUUUCGCAACUGGCUUGCUGCCCAAAGUUGCAGCUCCGGGAGCCCCUGAAAUGUCGCACCGACGGAGUAAACAGUUGCCAACAGGGCGUUCUGAUCAUGCGUGGCCUAAAGAUCGAAGUGAAGCUGUCCCCGUCAAUCCGUGUGACUCUGGACCCCGAGACACGCCGUGUUGCGAACAUCCACAAGGACGCUGUGGCGGUGGCGUAUCUCCAUCCACUAUCGCAGGUUUCCGAGGUGGAAAUGGCAAAGCUCAGCUACGCCGAGCGGCAGGUUCUCAAUUUGGGCGCCUUUGCUAACUUCAACUUGGAAGAUCAGCUAGUGGCUGUGAAUUCCGUGGCCUCUACGACACAGCAGCGUCAGCCCGCUCUGCUGGAGUUUGGCUCCGCCUAUCCCGUGUCCGAAGAAGAGGCAAAGUCUCUCCCAGACAACAGAUGGGCGCCGCUAACGCUUCAGCACAUGAGGGAGGCUGGCGGUCAAAGGUUUGCAUUCCUCACGCCUCUGGAGAAGUUGGCCAGCCGCCGGGUGAGUGCCACAACACCGUCCUCUACAACGACACUCGACGAUGCGAGCGGAGGCAUGGCGUCUCGCUCGCCGUCGUACAAGGUGGACCACAUCGGGCGGACCGUCAAGUCUACGAAGCUCCGCCACGCCUGGACGUUGUACCUCUGUGAGGCUGAGGUCAAGGUGGAACUUGAGCACAGCCGGCUGACUGGCAAAAAGAAGGUUCUGGUUGAUGGGAAGCUGCUCUUCUCGACCACGGACAAAAACCUGCACUGGUGUUGGGAGCAUCCAGUUUCCAAAGCUCGAAUCACAUUGAACUCGGAGAACGGCAAGCACGUCCUAAGAUGUGAGGAGCCCGAGAUUGCCAAAGACGCCAUAGAAGGAGAUUCAGACAGAUCCCCAGCUGUGGAGUUUUCCAGCUUUGAGCCCGAGACUUACGUCACAGAGCCUGUGCUAGAAGAGGCUUCAAUGCAGGGAGAGGAAGCCGCGGACAAUGAACUAUUCUCCUCUGGCUAUUCGGACAGUCCUGUCAGACAAAAUCUUGCAAGCAAGUACGCCACUUGUGAGAACGACAUGCAGGACUACGAUGCAGAGAUUGCGGAGGAGGCCAAACCCUCGGUUCCGUCGUACCUUGUAACACGCCCUCAGCGUAAAAGUGCUCUUCAGGAGAUAUCGGCAGAGACCGCGCGACUAAAUGCCUUGCUCGGUGUUAAGGAUGCGCAGAUAGCUGCCUUGCAAGAUGAGCUGCGGAGAUGUGCUGUGGGGAGAGAGGCCAGCGGACCCAUCGAGGCGGUGCCAACGGUCGAGAUGGAGGUCACAGUGCCCGUGCCCAUAAGCCCCAUUCAGCAGUUGGAGGACCCAUCGGCAUCGCCAUCGCCACAGCUGCCACCUCCGCAGCUUGUUGCAAGCGUUGCCUCGGAGCACUUCCUGGUUGCAGAGCUGCCGUCAACUCCCAUCCAUUAUCCCAAGGCGAAGCCGGCUGUAAAUCCGCUGGACCUUGAGGAGUUGGAUGUGACCCACCGGCGGGGGCCUGCUGUCGCUCACCAUGCUCCGGCUCUUGGAGCACAGGCAUGCGCUCAAGGCCCAUGCAUGACUCCGCCUCAGCCCUCUCCCCUUCUGGUCCAGCGCUACGUUUCGACGCCGCGGCGGUGCGCUGGACCAGUGCAGGGUGAUGCGGCUGCGGCAGAGCAGCGGUGUGCAGAAGGAGCUCGAGGGAGGGCUGGCAGCAUGCCGCCUGUACACUGGGCCUCUCCUGGGCCAGCUUGGCAGGAGCCGAAUGCUCGUUCUUCCGGAAGGCACGGACGAAGCUCGGCGCCCCCUCAGAACGCUCGGAGUGUCUCCGUACAGCCACAGCCCUGCUGGAGCCAGAGGAGCCGCACACCUGGGCGUGCGACCCGAUCAAUAACGCCCAGACGGGAUGCACGGCAGACGCAGGUGCAGGCCCAGGCACCCGUCUUCCAGAUGCCGCCAACCCGAGGAGUGCCGGCGGUGCCUGCAUUACAAGGUUGCCCACCACCUUGGCAGCUCCUUCCGCACUGGGCACAGGGGACUGCGCCCGGGCCCGGCCUACGUCCUGGCGCAUUGCUGCCGCCCGUGCUGCUUGGACCCCAAGUUCAAGGGCCACUGGCAGGCAAUGUGCCGGUGAUGGCUCAUCCAUCAGUGGUGCAGGGCGUGCAGCGCUGCAGGCUGAAUCAGGUGGGUGCCAUGGCUGGGAUUGCCCCAGACUUAAGGCUGAUGCCGCAGCCCAGACCGGUACAGUUGUAG